CAAGAGAGAGGCACACGGUGACACACAGCUGGAGAAGAACACAAGCCUGGCCAGUAGUCUCGAGUAUUUCAGUGGAGAUGCAUUCUCAGCAGGUCCUCACGCUCUGUGUCGCAGUGUCUUUGAUGGUCCUGGUCCAGGCAGGUCCGCUGGGCUCCGAGGAGAAGUGGAAGUCCCUGGAGAUCCCCCGCAACAGAGACCUGUUUUUCCAAACGCUGCAAGCCUACUUCAAUAGGAGGGGUGUGAACAUGGCUAAGGUCUCGCAGCCCCUCCCCAUUGACAACCUGCAGCCCCUGGACACCUCGCCUCCCCUGUACACAGUGGACCCACUCUCCUCUGCCUUCUCUGAAUACGAGAGACAGAAGAACUCCUUCGCUGCCUUCCUCAGGGGCUGACUCUGCGCAGACCCCCACUCACAGGUGGCUCAGGGACAGGGACUCACACACUCUGAUGGGACUAAGCAAUGGGAUUUUGUACAUAUUUAUUUAUUUAUGUAUGUAUGUAUUUCAUUGAAUUUGUUAAGGCAGUUUUUCCUCUACCAGCGAUUUCUUCAGUAAACACCAGGGCCACACUGCAGACAUUGUGUCUUCACUGUGAACUUCAAUGUGACACGUACCGGGACUCCGGACCUUCAGAACACCAGAACGCGACCCACAGAGGCUUCCCAAUGACAGGACUGCACACCAGAACGCUACCCACAGAGGCUUCCCAAUGACAGGACUCCACACCAGCAAAACAACGGGGCUCUGACCAGGGAGCACAGCUUUCAUGAUGGGUUUUGAAUAUUGAGCAAAGAGAAACUCCGGCAGAAAUACUCCCACCCCAGCAAAACCGAAUCAAAUAUUUGAGUGACGCUGUAUUUAGACUGUAAUUACACAUGGUUAUCAUUUAACAGUUUACUCUGUACUUAGCCAUAUAAAUGUUUAACAUGGUAUAUUUGCACUGGAUGGUAUCUUUAUUUAUUGGGCAGUUUCUACUUUAUAUGCCUUCCAUUUAAAGUAGUUACCUCAGUUUAAAAUACUAUUACCGUACAUAUUUCUUGCAUGUGCUUUAACAGGCUUUUACUAUCAAAGUAAUAACACAAGACAGCGGGUUUGCUCUUAAAAAGUGGCUUCCCCACCACCACCCUUCCCCACCCCUGCCAGAGUGAAUUGGUUGUCUGGCGAAUCAGUUUUUCUAAGGAUCACAACGUGCUUGUGUAGUUGUAGCCCAGUUGGUUGGUUUAUGGUUUACAGAACACCACAGCGUGCCAAAUUCACCUAAUGAUAUUAUCAUGUGGGGAGAUUUUUAUUGAUGUAAAUGCUGUCUUGGCUAGUUUUUCCUUUGUGUC